AUGACAGCAUCCAGGUUUUCAGGUAUUACGGGUAAUGUAUCAAUCGAUGAGAAUGGUGAUCGCUAUUCCGACUAUUCGCUGCUCGACUUGGAUCCUCAACAGGGCAAAUUUGUUGAAGUGGCAUAUUAUUCAGGCGCAUCGAAUGAGCUGAAACAGGUGGCAGAAUUUCACUGGGUUGGUGGCAGUCCACCAAAAGAUUCGCCGAUCUGCGGCUGGGAUCAUUCGAAAUGUCCGGAAGGCUACCCAUUUUACGUGUAUCUUCUCAGUGGUUCCGCUGUUUUCAUUCUCGUACUGAUGUCUGGGUUUAUUUACUUCUGGAGGUGA